CGUCAUGUGCAUCCAUAGGAGAGAGAUACGUGUUGAUUUCGUGGUGCAAUCUCUUAUAACAUGGAUUUUGGCUUUGUAUCUGAAUAAUACUUUGUUAUCUCAUCAAGCAAGGUAGAAAAAACGGCUUAAAAUUGGGGACAACCUCAGAAUACAGUGGAUCUAUUUUGUGGAGAGGCCUUAUUUUUCUCCCGAUCAUUGUUGGAUAAUUGUUAUGUAUAAUGAUGUGUUUAUGAGAUGCAGGAUUUUUUCUUCAAUGGGGAUUUGGAAUUCUUCAGUGGGUUUUAUGGAAAGUUGUUUACUGUUUGUAUAAGAUUUUAUGUGGAUGCGUUCAAUGAUGAAGGAAAAUAAGGUGGAACGUUCGAUAGAUCAAUAAUUCACUUUUCUGACUGUGCUCAUGGGAUAUAGUUAAACAAAUGUGAAAAAAGCAAUUGUUAAUGUUCAAUAUGGCUAAUUUUGAGAGAAAGCUUCCUGUUCCGGAAGGAAGGAAUAAAGAAAAAAGACGCUCCUUCCUUCCAACUCCAAAAUCUUUCACAUCAGCCCCAGAAGUGGGCCCAGACCAAAGUAAGGCAUUUUCGACACAGGAAAAAACCAAACCUCACCUUCAAGUCGGAGACAAAGUCUGUAUUGGGGGAAUCAAACUUGGUGAACUGCGAUAUUUCGGAAAAACGCACAUUGCCGCUGGACUGUGGUGUGGCAUUGAGUUGUACGAAAAGGAAGGGAAACACGAUGGUGAGGUGGAAGGAGUGAGGUAUUUUACGUGUCGACUCGGACAUGGUAUAUUCGCACCUGUUGACAAAGUGUCAAAAAUAGAACUUGUACCCCAUGACCUGCAGGGGGACAUCAUAGAGGAAGAAACCGAAGUUCCUCCCGAGGAUAUACCCGAACAGAAAACAGUAAUUACCAGACCACAGCGACGUCUGCUACCUCAACCACAAGUUUUUGUCAGAAAAGACCCCAAAGAAAAAAUUGCUGUGCCAUCGAAAAUUGAUGAGCAGAAUGAAGAUUUCGAUGAAGUAGACUUUUUGGGCACAUCUGCUGCUCAGGAACCUGUAGUGAUUCCAGGAAAAAGGAGUUUACCUAAAAUCGACCCAAAAAUUAGAGCGGCCAGCUCCAAGCAUUUACCAGAACUUUAUAAUGAACAGGUGUGUAAUUUGACUUCAAAAGAUUCAAAGCAAAGUUCUAUUUAUACAGAUUCUUUAAGUGCAGAUGCUUUAAAUGAAAAUAAAAACUCGAACAAUUGCAUUCCCCAUGAAAAUAAACUAUCAUCUACAUACACCUUGACUCAAGCUUCUGCUGAACCAGGGUUUGCAGCUUUUUCCAAACCCAGUAAAUUACCUGCUCCUUCCAAACUUCCACAACCACCUGCUACCUCUGUCCCAGAAAAAAAUAGCACUAUGUCAGACAACAAACAGUUUACCAUUGAAACCAAAGAGAACAUUGGAAACAAUACAUUUGUCAGUGGUAAUUUGAACAAGACAUACAAUAUAGGGGAAAUUCAAAUCCCUGUGUCCAAAGACACUCAUAUGACUACCCAAAGUAGUGGGGAAGAUUCUAUCAGUGGGGAGGUUCAAGAAUGCUUGUCAUCUGACCAUCGCCAUUUCCUAAACCUGACCUUUGACAUGGAAGGUGGUGGUUCACCCCCUCAACCCACUAGCUCUAUCCAGAAUCCCCAGAAGGUUUUUGAUGGCCUCCAACCUUCAUCCUCUGCAGAUGCCACUUUUGAUAUCAGUCAUAAUUCUAGUCUAGGUGUGUUGGACGUUCAUGAUUCUCAGCUUGAUUCUGAUUUGUUGCAGGGAGAAAUGGAAAAUGUGUCCAAUAGUGAGAAAAAAUCGCUGUUAAAUCUCACCGAUUUGGAGAAGUUGUCAAAGGUUUCAAUUUUGUCCAGAAGACAAGACCGUGUUGCAUCGCUCGGGGAAACUUUUGAGGCUGAAAAUGCUAUAACUUCAACUCCAAAUGUAUCAGGUGGUAGAAUCAAAUCCAGUGUUUUAAGUUUCAGUGCUCAGGCAAAAGAAAGUCAUUCCAAGGACAAGAAUGUGCUUGGAGAGGAGGAUGUAAAUUUUGACAUUCCGCUUAACUUCGAUUUGAAUGCGACAUAUGAGGUGGCCGAGGAAGGAAGGCCGGUGGAAAUGCUGGGAGCGGAUACACUUGACUGGAGAUCAGAGGCUUCCGAUGGGGAGGAACCGUCUGCUAGUUCUGAGGACAGUUCCGAAAACAAACAAACAAACCAGACACAAGACCAAGAUCAGCUGAGGGCUGCGGCCCAGAAAGAGAUCAACCAACGGGUAGACAGUCUGACCGAAAAAAUCAGCAAUCUAGGAAUUACCUCAGACAGUGGGGUUUCUCAGUCCACCGUUAGUGCCCCCAAACCUAAGCUGCCCAUGGUGGAUUCUGGAAUCUCUGAGCAGGGUGACAUAAUGACCCUGGAACAGGGAAGGAUGGCGGACUCUUGUGAGAUGAGGCAGUCGAUGACGGAUGAGAAACAAAACCUGUACAAACUGAUGGAGGAGAAGGAAGAAAUCCAACUACAGGCAGACCUGAUUGCUGGACAUCUGAAAAAAGAACGGCCAUUGUCUCUUGUGUCUUCCAUCAGUGCUGAUACAGGCUAUGUGCCGGACACGGACUCAGAGCGAGGGACCCUGACCAUUAAUUCCCCCCUGGACUGGGCCGAGAAAAUGGCACAGUCAUCCGACUCCAUGGCUGGAGUGGAACUGACUGAUCUGGAUGCUGCUUAUGCACAGUCCUUCAAGAAUUUCCAGACAGCUGUUUUGAGAGGGGCAGGGCAGGUCUUGGAGGAGAGUGAUUCAGAUAUUUGUAGUGAUGGAGGAACCGUUUUAGCGGACAACAAUGACCUGGGGAAAGAAGAUUCAGAAUUUGAAAACAUGUCAAGCCUGCUGACAGACGUUAAAGGAAUCUCCGCUGAUGAUAUUUUACCCCUGAGUAGCGAGGAUAAAGAAACACAGCCUCUAGUAAUAGGGGCUGAUGUUCAGCAGACAGUGUCGGACACAGUUAUUGAGGAUGAGAGGAUAGAGGCUGACCAGCAGCUGGACAAGCUAAACGUGACCAUGGACAUCGUCAGGGAGAGCUCCUCGGAGGAGAAAGAGGCUGAGGACAGUGAGGAGAAGAGGGAGGAGCCAGAUGAGGAAAAUGAGGUCACUGUCAAGGAGGUCUCCGAGGAGGAGAGUGCAGACGAGGGCAGCGUCACCAUCGAGGAGGCGAAACCUCAGAGGAGGAAGAAGAAGAGGGAAGCGGAGAAAGUGGAGCAUAAGAAACCUAACAUUAAGGUGGGGUCACGGAUAGCAGACUACAUCAAGGCACCAGUUCCAGUCAAACCUAAGGAUGAGAAUACAGAGGCUGCAAAAAAUAAGCGUAACAUGGGACCAAAAGGAAAGGCAGCCAGGUUAAAUGAUUCAAAGACAAAAGGUGGGAAGGAGGAGGGCAAUGAAGAGAGGAAGAAAAAGGAGAAAGUGGAAAAGGAGCCACCUAAGAUUAUUAAAAGGACACCUCCAAAAAGUAAAUGGGACAGUAUUAUGUCACAGAUUGAAGCAGAUAAAAAUGUGGCCAAACCUAAGAGUGAAGUGAAAAGUAAGCUGGAGUCUUACCUGAGUACACCUCCACCACCUCCCAAGAAAGAAACGACAGCACCAAAAGAAAAGCCCAAGAAAAAACUGCCCACUGUGCCCACCCCAGAUUUUAGCAAAGUGAAAAGCAAGCUGAACCUGGGGGCCCCUGUUGCCCUGAUAAGAAGGGAGUCAUCUCCAGCAGGGGGUAGGAAGGAUUCCCCCAGGGGUGGUGGUGUGAGUGGGGAGGUCAUAAGAAGACUGUCCUCUGUGGCUUCCAAUGGGAGCUCCAAGGCCCCCAAACUGGAUCUGAAUGACUCUGCCAGCAGCAGUGUACUAGGAUCAGCUAUCAGCUCUGUCCGGAGCAGCCAAUCGGAUCUGGCCGGAGUGGAAGGGGGAGGGGAGUCUAGUGUUCCUAGUACUCCCAAAACUGUACAGAAACCCAGCAAUAAAACUGUUGGAAGAAUCUCCAGUCUCCAGGAACGAGAGAGACGGGCCAGUACCUCCAGCACCAUGUCAACAGCUUCUCAGGGAUCUGUAAAGGCUUUAAAUGCAAAGAAUUCCAGAAUUUCUGAUAUUGCAGCAGCACCAAGACGAAAGUCUGUCCCAGCAAAGGGCUUAGUUCCUGUCAUGAGUCCUUCUGUCAGAAGAACCACACAGGUUUCUAGGAGCCUGGACUCAUCUCCUGCUAACAGACCUCUCAAAAAAACUAAUCUCACUGGUGACAGGGCUAAAAUCACUUCACCUCAAGAAAGUAGAAACACAGUCAAGAAAGACAGCAAAAAAUCAAAGGGAGAUAACAAGCCCAAAUCUCCACCCUCUACAAAGAAAAUAAACAACCAAAACAGAAACAAGACUAAGACUAAGAACAACCAGAAACCGGCCAAUCAGCAAUCAGAUGCCAUCAGUCUCCACAACAAACAGGAAGUGACACGUCUAGAGGCCCUCUGCGAGAGUCGGACCAAGGAACUGAACUAUGCCAGGCUCCAGAUGAAGAGCAAUCUACAGGCUUUUGAUGCCAUGACAGUGAUGGUGCAAUAUCUCUCUCAAGAUUUGGAUGCCUUUUCGAAUCCAAAGUUGUCCUCCCAAGUAAGAACAUUACAGACACAUCUUGAAGAAACCAAGCAGCAAAUUGAGGAACUUCAAGCACAGAAGGGUAAAUUAGAUGAAUCCAUAUUGCAACUGAAUAAAGACCAUUUGGACCAAAUCAAUGCCCUCAAAGUGGAACAUGAGAAGCAGAUAGCCUGGGAAAAAGAAAAACAUGAGGAAAACUUGACUAAUUACCGACAGCUAGCUGAAGAAUACCAUUGUAAAGAAAUAGAUCACAUAAAAACAACUCAUGAUGAAACAAUCACUGAAAUGAAAGCCGACAACUCAUUGAUAAUUCAGAAGCUCAAAAAAGCUCAGGAAGAUGACAUUGCAGCACUCAGGAAUAAACAUGAAGAACAAAUGGAAGAACUUCACAAGCAACACAGAGACAGACUUGAAGAAAUAACACACAGAUUUGAAAACAUUAAAAUGGGACUCUCUGAAAAAGUGGAGACCCUUCGCGGUGAGUGUGAUGAUUUGAGAACUCGCGCUCGAGCCAGUGAGGAGGCCUUGUUACGGGACUCAGAUGUCAAAGUUCAGAUGGCAUUAUCUCCCUAUAAAAACUUGCCACAAGAAAUUGAAAGUUUGAAACUGGUCAUCGAAAUCAGGAACGAGGAGAUACAGAAACUAAAGAACAGGAAUAUCGAACUGGAAAAACAGGCAGAAGAACUUCGGAAUGCCAAGGAGAAGAUAAUUGCCCAGCAACAGAAAAUAGAAAACUUAGAAGCAAUAAUAAGCAUGAAGACUGAUCAUGAAAAGCAACUUCAUGACAAAUGUCAACUGCUGAUGAGGAAAUGUGACAAGGAGUCAAAGGCCAAUAAGCGACUGUCAAUGGAUUUCGAAGAGCUGAUCUAUAAGGUGAAUUUAUCAGACCCUGGGUCCCUGGAGAAUCUGUCCAAAAUUGGGGGGUCCCCCUCUCACAGUGCAAACAGUUCUCCUGCAGUGAGGCGAAAGAACAGAUCGCCAGCCUUUGGGGAUGUUGACAAGUCCCCAGCAAGUCAGGUUUACAGAAGAUCACUUUCUUCUGUAGAAAACUCUGCUGAAAAGAAAAUGAAGAGACGAUCAGCUAAUUUCUUGUACGAGAAGGACCACACUUCUCCAACAGGAAGUCCCAGACAUCGGGUCAAGACUUACUCAGACUCUUGUUCACCCACAAGACUACAUACUCACUCAGAAAGUGAUAGAAUGGUGCAUUCAUGUGAGGAGGUGCCUACAGACAAGUCUAGAGACAACACCGCUCGCCUCAUCCAGUCUUGUAACGACGCCGAGGUGUUCGAGGCACCCCAGGGCCUCCCUGCACCAGUGACUCCUGACGACAUUAAGGUGGUCACAGGGGAGGUCAACCAAAGCAGUAAAGGCUCCAGUCAAGGAAAGACUGAGCUUGUGUCACUGAAUAAUGGUCAGUCUCCGGACAAUCAGGGACAUGGAGGGGUGGAUCUAGAGGAAUUUGAAGGUGAGAGUCUACACAUUGACACGAAUCUGGAAGCGAAGGAGGACACAUCGGACCUGUCUCACUCCACUGAAUCUUACUGCCCCUCGGAAGUGACCUCCGGGACUGGAAGUUUGAUAUGGGACUAUGAGAAAAUGGACUCCAUCAAGUCCAUGGACUCCAGUCAAACAAGUCAGACCAGUGAUUCCAUGCUGGACAGUUCCACCUUAACAGACACCAAAGUUGACAACAAUACUCUCACUAAUAUUAAUGACUUGACCACUGAGGAAAGUGACACUAGUUCUGGCUUUGUGGAAACUGGAGAAAUUCUAGUCACUACCAAAAGUCCUUCAGAAUCAAGAAAAGAAUCUACUGUCUAAAUUUUGUGAAUGAAAAUUUAUGUUUGGCAUUUAACUGAUUUCAUUUUUUUUUUUUUUUGAAAAAAAAAAUCUUUUCUUUCAUUAGAUUGUGGUAAUUAAGUUUUGAUUAAAGCUAUUGUAAGCAGGUUUCUAGUCAGAAUUGCCACUACAUCUCAUUCUACUUAAUCUUAGCCUUUGAAAUUAUUUAUUAUCUACCUCGUGUAUGCAAGGUAAAAUUUCUGCCGAAGUCUUUGGCACUGUAUUCAAAAUGGUACUUAAUAUUGUGAUUUGAAAACAAAGAUUGCUAGAUUUCAAUUUACAUAUUUAUUAAUUGAAAUAUUAAUUAAAUAUUAUUUGUUCUGUGAUACAUAUAUAAUUCUAGAUAUCUAGGAUAGAAUGGGCUUUAUCUGAUAGCUGUGAUUUUUGUUUAGCAUAUCUUGUCAACUUUUAUUUAUAAAACUAACUUAGAUUAAGGGGAGAUCAUUGACAUAAAAGGAAAAAUCUUUUGCUAAUGUUUUCUUCCCAUAUCAGUUAUAGUAAUUGUGUAAUUGGUCGAAAACUAUUGGCAGGAAUUAUAUGCCUUAGAGAGAUGUCAAGGAAAUCCAUACAAUUUUGAUCUCAGUGAACAACAUUUAUGUUAUAUCAUUUCUUUUCACAUUAUCCUGUAAAAGAAACAUCGAGAAUUUGUACAAAACAUCAUGUCAUUUAUGCAGAUGGUUCGUAUUUAUUCAUAUUUAUGAUAUGAAAAGGAACCCUCAGGAUUUAGAUAUCUCAUAAGAAAUUUUCAUCAUCAAUUUUUGUUUUUUGCAUUUACCAGUAUAUAUAUGAUCGUUUUGUCAUUAUAUAAGCUGUACAUAUUUCCUUCAGUGUUGUAACUGUGCUAUUUUCACUUUAUCGUUUUUUGCACUGCUUAGUUCUACUGCCAUACAUUCAUGCCAUAUUGUGUGUUUACUGAUUAUCUUGUAUGUUUGUUUGAGUUGUAUUUUGUCAUUUUUAUCAAUAUUUACUACAGUUUCAAAAAAGCAAUAGAUGUACUGUUCUUCAGCAAGACAUUAAUAUUUCCUAACAUGAUUGAAUUACAUUUCUGAUCAUGAUUGAAUAACUUCAGAUUUACACUGAAUUUUAAGGUCAUUAUAGCAUGAUUUUGCCUUAGAAGGAUCAAUUUCAGGAAAUGAAUGCUUCCUUUACUAAUCUAUCUUUCAAGUUCUUACACAUUUAUUCUAUUAUAAUCUCCAGGGUUUCUGCAUAAAACAUUUGACACAAUAAAAAGUGCUAAGAAUUAACUUUAUUUUCUUUUGAAUUGUUCAUUACCUUGUGUUGAAAGUUUUAUAUCAUAGAAAAUGUAUAAUUGUAACAUCAAUACUUGUUUUUAAAAAUUGGAAACUUACCAGAUGCUGAACUUUAGAAUUAACCAUAAUGAUAUUUAUGUAUGUACAAAUUUGAAUCAUUCCAUGUAAGUAUUUAUUUAUGUUGUAAAAGCAAGUAAAUAUGUGUUCAGAUGGCUAAAAUGCCAUCAGACUUUAAUAUUGAUAAAAAGUGCUUUUUACAA